UAUUCAAUUCUGGAUCGAGGAGGCACCGGCUUCUCUAAUACAAAGUUAGCAAUAGGCAUUCUUCCACCUACGUGCGGCUUGGGCUAGGGAACAGGGACGCUACGUCAACCACAAACCGGGCCUGGCCCGAUAUAUCCGCGAAAUCAUGAGGUUAUCACGAUGGACAACACGACUGGCAAUACUGGCGGCAACAGAGACGGCUUUCGCCCUGAGCCCAACUCCGACCUCAACCAGCACCAAGGCCAUGGUCCCCGCCGCCGCUUACGUGCUCGGCGGUGCGCAGUUACAGCUAUUCAGGCGUCAGGAUUGCCCGGCUGGCACUUCCAAAUGUUCGGAUUCGCUAGGGACGUCAUUUGAUGGAAUUUGUUGCGCCACGGGACAGGUGUGCGAACUAGACGCCAACAACCGGCCAGCUUGCUGUCCAUCUGGAGCUGUUUGUACCGGCUCAGCUCCGACGACGGCACCGACUGCCACGGCAGUUUCAUAUGUCCCUAAUGCUUACUUUCCAUUCCCAUACAUAGCGACAUCACUCGACCGCGGCGAGUGCUCAUCAGCCCUCAGCCAAUGUUCCCGAAACUACCAGAGUUGCGUCACUCAAUUGGACGGCAACGCGGGCUUUGGUGUUACUGUGAUAGUUCCCGGCGGGGGUGGAACCACCGUCGCCGCAACCCGGCCGGACGUCGGAACAUCGGCGACCCCCAUUUGUUCCAGUCUUAGCUCCCAAGCAUGCUACGGCUUGUCUAAUGACCAGUGUGCUCAAUCGACAACGGUGAACGGCGUCGUCAUUAACGCCGCAGCACAUCCAACAGCGGCCUGCGUGGCUAAACUCGCUGCGGGCUUGGGAAUCGCUGUCUUCGGUGCCAUGCGAUGAACGGCAAGUCAGACGACUAUCAUUGCAAACAGUUGAAUCAACGUCGGGAUAUGGUCGUUUGCGCAGGCAAAGCGGACUUUUGGAAUUUCGUUACCAUCACGUUC